AUGGCUCGAGCAUCUUUUCUUCCAGCGCUUGUCCUGGCGUGUGCUUCCCGGGUACUUGGCUUGGCUGUGAACAGCAGCGGGAACUACUCCUUCCACGACCUCAGUGGAGAGGUCCAUAGCUUCCGGCUCCAGAACGGCAGCCUGCAGUGGUGUCACAAGACCUGCUAUGCACCCAAGAAGCUGCGUAUCGACUUCAACAGCAGCUAUGCAGGCUGCCAAUACAGCAUCGCGGCGCCCGAAGAUGCGAACCCGAGCACCACCUCGGCGAAGCCAACAGUGGCGCUGAAGGUGGACCUCGGCAGCACCUUGCCAGCACACUUCGGCCCUGCUGCCGUGUUCAGAGACGGCAUGGUGCAUACAGUGCCCAUCGCCCACCCGCGGCGAUUGGAGGAGGACGGCGUAGCGGCGGUGGCUAUCGCAGAGCCCCUGCCAGGGCUGAGACAACGGCACUUGGUGCGACAGAUCCGGCACUUGGCCCUCCAGGCCAAGGUGGCCAUCACCGGCAGCGCGCUGGAGGAGCUGAGCUUGCCGGCCCUCUUCAACGCCACCGAGGACCCAGGUUUCUCCUUCGCCAUCCCUUUGCAGUCAUCGGGGCCUGUGUUCCUGGCGCUCCCUGGCUCACCGAACGGCUCGGAGCCCUGCGUGGCCAUCGUGGAGAAGGUCGCGGACUGCCAGACCUGCGCCUUCGGCCGCCAGAGCUGCCGCUCCAGCACGAUCCUACAGGGCCCAGACCAGGAGACGCUGCUGGGGUACCAGCUGCCCUGGCGGCCCUUCAUGCUCACGCCCUUAGCCUCCGAGGAAGCCAUGGCAAACCAUGAGCACCACAUUUGCCUGCAGCCUGCGAACGACUCGGGCUUGCGGAUGGGAAGGAUCUCCUACUACCGGCCACCACAGGUCAGCUUCAUCAAGCGCCUCGCAUGGAUGGUGGUGAUCAAGCCCAUCACCUACGACCCCCGGUGCCGCUCCGUGCAGCAGCAGAUGUUGGCCGCCCUUGCGGUUGCCUCGCGCCACGGCGAGGUGCCUCCGAAUGUGGACAUGUCCGAGAUGCGCAACAGCCAGAUGGAGGAUGUGGUGCAGCAUGGUACUCUGACGGGUAUCAACUGCCCCAUCCCGGCCAAGAGCCCCUGCUCCGAGUACGCGGAGGGCGCCUUUGCCCUUGGCGACCUCAAGCCUUCGGGCUACGACGACGCGCAUGUCACCUACGUCCUGGAGAGCUCCCGUAGGCUCUCCGGGCACGAGAAGCAGAUCUUCUUCCACCACCGCAGCGCCAUUUGCCUCUACCCAGGGGGCCCGGCGAAGCACGGCUGGCUCGUGGGCUUCGCGGUGGUGCACAUGUGCCGCGGCCAAGACGGGGCCACAUCCCGGAAUUCCGAAAUCUCGCCCACCUGCCGAAGCCCGCCAAAGUGGAUCGACCACACAGCCAGCGAAACUGUGGUGUGA